AUGCGCCCACCAGCAACGACCCGGAAACGCAAGGCGGGAGAGAACGAAGAUGAGGGCAGAAAGAGAGUCAAAGCCGUACCUGGAGGUUUCGUGCCUGAAGGCUUCUUCGAUCCUGCUGAACAGGGUGCGGAUAAGGAUGAAGGCGAAGACGAAGAUGUGGACACAGCACCCGUUCCGUCAAUACCAGACGCCCCUGUCGUCGAAUCACAGCCCACCAAUUCUGCACCACCUUCUGCGCCAGACGUGAAUGAAGAUGAAUGGGCCGCCUUUGAGCGCGAGAUGGCUGCCACCCAAACCACUUCCCUUCCCAUCAUCAGCGCAUCUGCCACCAUAUCGGCCGCCCCUGUCACAGCCGAGGAGCUGGCUGCCAAAGCUCGCGAGGAGCAAAGCGCACAGCGAACCGCAAGAGAAGCCGAGAUAGAGGCCGAUACCGAAGAUGCCGCACUCGCACUACAACAAGAGUUUGACGAGAUGGAUGAAUUGGAUGAAAGAGUGAGACAACAUGACGAAGAGGAGGAUGAUGAUGAUGAUGAUGACGAGGACGAAUUUGACGACUGGACCUUUGGCGCUCGGUAG